AUGGGAAAUGGCUCAAUGAUACCUAAGCAACUGAAGUGGGCAGAUAGACAUGCAUCAAAUGUCUCCAUCAGUUCUUCUGGCAACAGCAAGUUGUUGGAAGAGCCAGCGCUGGGCGUCCAUGCAACAGGGAGAGCUGAUGUUCUUAGAAGUAAGAUGCUGGAGCUGAGAAGAAAAGAGGAAGAGUUGUGAGAGAGCAGAUGUCACAUAGCAGAGAUCUACGAGCAGCUGGCUGAGCCAACCAAAGCCACUGCUAACCUCACCAAGAAACUUCACCACAAGUGUCCCCAGUUGAACAAGCUGUUAACACCCGGGCAAGGAACUCCCUCCCUUCAUCAUAAAGUGGCUGUUAGGAUCAGCCAAGCUGUCUCAGACUUGUUCUCUGUUAACAGGAGAGAUGCUAAAGAAGGCAUGUCUGCAAAGCCAAAGACCAGGACGUAGGAUCUGUGCAAACAGCCCAAAAUUUCCUUUCAAAAUGCAAGACUCAGAUGCCCUGAGAGAAGAGAUUGUAUCCUCAGCAGUGGAAUGUAUUAUGGGAGAACAAACCAGCAGGGUAGCUAUAUCCUCAAACAAGCAGACCCAGGCAACCAUAUUUCUGUGUUGGCAGAGGGCAGGGUGGAGGUCUUCCAGCAGAACAAGCUACUGUCAUUAAUCCCCGAGUGGACAACAUUUGGUGAACUAGCCAUUUUAUAUAACUGCACGAGGACAGCUUCUGUGAAAGCCAUCACCAAGGUCAAGACAUCAGCAUUGAACAGAGGGGUGUUCCAGAACAUCAUGAGAAUGACAACUAUUCAUAGCGAUGAUGUCAGAUCAGCAAACAUAAAUGCAGAGGAAAAUGAUGUGUUGUGCCUUGUUAUAGAUAUAUCUGAUUCUGAGAGUAGUGCUAUGGGUGAAGAAGGACUAAAAGAUCCAGAUAUUGCAAUGUGGUUCCAGCAGUUUACUAUGUUCGUUCAUUCAAGUUUUAGAAUAUUCAGGCAGACUGUCGGAACCUUUGAAGAACUCCAAAGGCACCUUGAGGGUUACAUGGCUAACCUGGCCCGUGCUGAUGGAAAAAACGACUAA